GAGCGUUGCUGCCCCGAGGUCUGGUGCCGAGGCGGGAGGGCCUGGAAACCGGUUCCGAGGUCGAGACUACUCGCUGCGUUUGGUGCUUCUGAUAUAGCGGAGUGGCUACGCUGAAAGGUUGACCCAGCCGGUAGCUGUUGCGGGCGCUACUCGCCGACCCGCACUCGGACAGUGGGACCCGCCAGGCUGAGCUGUGUGUGGGGGACCCAAGUCCUGAGCUCGGAGCCAUUUUCUGGCCAGGGCAUUCUCCUCCCUUCUCCUCUGCCCUUGGAGGAGACGUCGUCAGUGCCCCAUGGCUCUGGGAGGCAUGUUCAGGAAUGCGGCGGCCAUCUGUUUGCACCUGGUGGGGCCCUUCCGGGGAAAGAAGUCUGGAGCUUCGCUGGCCCGGUGUUUGCAUCAGACUCUCGUCAUGACCAAACAGCUGCAGGCUCGAAGGCUGGACGGGAUCGACCACAACCCAUGGGUGGAGUUUGUCAAACUGGCCAGUGAGGCUGAUGUCGUGAACUUGGGCCAAGGCUUCCCAGACUUCCCACCCCCAGACUUUGCCGUGGAAGCCUUUCAGCACGCCGUCAGUGGGGACUUCAUGCUCAACCAGUACACGAAGGCGUUUGGUUACCCACCCCUGACGAAGAUCCUGGCCAGUUUCUUCGGGAAGUUGCUGGGACAGGACAUAGACCCGCUCAAGAACGUGCUGGUGACUGUGGGUGCCUAUGGGGCCCUGUUCACAGCCUUCCAGGCCCUGGUGGACGAAGGAGACGAGGUCAUCAUCAUCGAGCCCUUUUUUGACUGUUAUGAGCCCAUGACAUUGAUGGCAGGGGGUCGCCCUGUGUUUGUGUCCCUGAAGCCGAGACGCAACCAGGAUGGGGAACUGGAUUCCAGCAGCAACUGGCAGCUGGACCCCACAGAGCUGGCCAGCAAGUUCACGUCUCGCACCAAAGCCCUUAUUCUCAACACACCCAACAACCCCCUGGGAAAGGUGUUCUCCAGGGCAGAACUGGAGCUGGUGGCCAGCCUGUGCCAGCAGCAUGACGUGGUGUGUAUCACCGACGAGGUCUACCAGUGGCUGGUCUACGACGGGUGGCAGCACGUCAGCAUCGCCAACCUCCCUGGCAUGUGGGAACGCACCCUGACCAUUGGCAGCGCUGGCAAGACUUUUAGUGCCACAGGCUGGAAGGUGGGCUGGGUCCUAGGCCCGGACAGUCUCCUGAAGCACCUGCGCACCGUGCACCAGAACUCCGUCUUCCACUGUCCCACACAGGGCCAGGCUGCAGUAGCCCAGAGCUUUGAGCGGGAGCAGCUGCACUUCGGCCAACCCAGCAGCUACUUUGUGCAGCUCCCACGGGCCAUGCAGCGCUGCCGUGACCACAUGAUACAAAGCCUGCAGUCUGUAGGCCUGAGGCCCGUGAUCCCCCAGGGCAGCUACUUCCUCAUCACAGACAUCUCGGAAUUCAAGAGCAAGAUGCCCAACUUGCCUGGAGCUGCAGAUGAGCCUUAUGACAGACGCUUCGUCAAGUGGAUGAUCAAGAACAAGGGCUUGAUGGCCAUCCCGGUCUCCAUCUUCUACAGCGUGCCACAUCAGAAGCUCUUUGACCACUAUAUCCGCUUCUGUUUCACGAAGGAUGAAUCCACGCUCCAGGCCAUGGACAAGAGGCUACAGAAGUGGAAGGACGAGCUCAGGCCCUGACGUCACCCCCUGGGCCCGGCCCUGCCUGGUCCCUGUGCACUCUGCAGGGCUCUGUCUUUGUCCAGGUUUCAGCCAUUCCCAGCUUGGGGGUAGAUGGUACUGGAGGAUCUCUUCUCUGUAACACAGAAUGACCUCAGGGAAGAGCCCGCCUUUUGGUCUUGGGGGAGUCAGGAGCACUUCCCCAUGGUACAUAGCUAUGUUCCUAUUGCAGAGGUGAAGGAGGCCUGACCGGGGCCUCUCCCUGGUCCUACCUGUGCUGGGCUAUAUGGUCUUGAGUCCCCUCUGGCCUCCCCAGACUCAGCUGGGACUCAGAGGGCAGAGUUCAAUAGUGUAUUGGCCUUGGGUCUCAGCCCUGGCCCCAGCCAUGCACUGGCCCCAGCCAGGCCUCAAGCAUCCCUCCCUUUCCUUAUCCAAGCUUGAUUUUGGAAAGUUGCCCUUAGGCUUGACUCUUCAAGCCAGUACUUUUGCCCAUAAUAAAGUUUUAAGUUAUUCAAACUGU